UUCCGCGUAGACCCAUUUCUAUAGGCUACCGUGGGUUGUGGGGACGGGCCUGAGUGCUGCAUGCAAGGACUGUGGCUGUUUUCCCAGUUUUGGCUGAACCGAAAAGACGGUGCAGCCUGCCGGGUCGCCGCUGCCGGGAAGGAGAGCGAUAAGGUGUCCUCGGGGCUCGUGGGCCCUGCGUUCUGACCACGUCUCGUCCACACUGUCUCCUCUCGUUUCCGCGCAGCCGGCCCCCGCGUCUCUUGCGCGACACUCUCCGGCCCCUCAGCUGACCCGGCCAGAGGCAGAGACUUGCGGCCUUCGCCGUCCCGGGGCCCGGGUCCAUCCGGGGGCCGGGCUGAGAGCACCGGGCUCCCAGGGCCGGCUGGCGGCCAGAUGGACACGCUGGAGUGGGUGCCGUGGGCCAACAGGAGUGCAGCCGCGCCCCCGCCCAGGGCACGGAACAUCACCCACUGCUGUGCUGUCUCCAGGGUCCGGUACUGGGACCUCCUGCUGCUCAUCCCCAACGUGCUGUUCUUCGUCUUCCUGCUCUGGAAGCUCCCGUUUGCCCGGGCCAAGAUCCGCCUCACCUCCAGUCCCAUUUUCAUCACCUUCUACAUCCUGGUGUUCGUGGUGGCCCUGGUGGGCAUCGCCCGGGCCGUGGUGUCCAUGACAGUCAGCACCUCUAGCGCUGCAAUGGUGGCCGACAAGAUCCUGUGGGAGAUCACCCGCUUCUUCCUGCUGGCCAUCGAGCUGAGCGUGGUCAUCCUGGGCCUGGCCUUCGGUCACCUGGAGAGCAAGUCAAGCAUCAAGCGGGUGUUGGCCAUCACCACCGUGCUGUCGCUCGCCUACUCGGUCACCCAGGGCACCCUGGAGAUCCUGUACCCUGAUGCCCACCUGUCUGCCGAGGACUUCAACAUCUACGGGCACGGGGGGCGCCACUUCUGGCUGGUCAGCUCCUGCUUCUUCUUCCUGGUCUACUCGCUGGUGGUGGUCCUGCCCAAGACCCCGCUGAAGGAACGCAUCUCCUUGCCCUCGCGGAGGAGCUUCUACGUGUACGCGGGCAUCCUGGCGCUGCUCAACCUGGUGCAGGGGCUGGGCAGCGCGCUGCUGUGCGCCAACAUCAUCCAGGGGCUCUGCUGCGUGGACGCCACCACCUUCCUCUACUUCAGCUUCUUCGCACCGCUCAUCUACGUGGCCUUCCUGAGGAGCUUCUUCGGCUCGGAGCCCAAGAUCCUGUUCUCCUAUAAAUGCCAAGUGGAUGAGGCGGAGGAGCCAGACAUGCACCUGCCCCAGCCCUAUGCCGUGGCCCGGCGGGAAGGCGUGGAGGCCUUGGGGGCUGCUAGCACACAGUUCGACUCUGCGGGAGUGGCCUACCUGGACGACGUGGCCUCCAUGCCCUGCCACACAGGCAGCAUCAACAGCACGGACAGUGAGCGCUGGAAGGCCAUCAAUGCCUGAGGGACUGCGCUCAGCCUGGGGACCCAUGGGGCAGAUGUGGGGAAGCCGGGCCAGUCUCCAGGUAGGGCCAGCCCUGAGUCUGGAGGCCACUUCCUGUUGUCUCCCUGUGCUCCAGCUAAGGACCCCCCUGUGGCCACUGCCCUCACCCUGUUCAGUGCCAGGCCCAGAUGCCAUCCCCAGGGCACAGCCUGGCACCCAGGAUGGCUCUGCUCAUCCCCCAGUGCAGUGGUCUCCUCAGAGCCUGUUGAGCACAGGCUGCAGUGUGUAUAUUUUCUUGAUCUGUUUUCUAAUAAAAAGGGAAA